AUGAGCAGCAACUCGACUAACGCGGCGCCCGACAAUGGGUAUACGGCCGCCACGAGCACCACUGCCAUUCUCAGUGCGACUUGUAAGAUCAGGAGCAGCAAGGCGUCUGGGGACGAUUUAGAUGCAGCUACGGCCGACGAGACUGCCGCGUCUGAGUCCAGCUCGGACGGCGACGAUGGAAGAAUCAUUUUGAUUGGCGAAGAUGUGCUACAAUGGUUCCGCCCAUUUGCCGCUGCCGUGAGAAUCGUGGUACCCGUUUGCGUGCGCACGCAGAAGACUGUCGUGCGCAAGCACUUCUUUUCGGAUAACUACACCAUGCUAUCAUGUCACUUUGCGUGGGACCUACCACACAGUGAGAUGCACAAGCACGUGGUCGAAGACAAUGUGGUGUAG